AGGGCGGCGCUUGCGCAGUGCCUGCGCCCCGCUCUGUGCCGUUAGCCGCUAUGUGCAGGGAAUAACGUUAGAACGGUUGCUAGCGUGAGACCAACAGAGACGGUGCCGGUGCGUCCCGCCCCCUGGCGACGAGGAGAUGGCGGGUCAGUGAGCGGCGGCACUAGGGACACCCCUGCCCAGCGAGUCUCCUUCGCGGGGGGGAUGACGUAGCUUUGCCAAGGACUUAGCAGCUAAGCAGAAAAUGAGCUUAACAUCCUGGUUUUUGGUGAGCAGUGGAGGCACCCGCCACAGGCUGCCACGAGAGAUGAUUUUUGUUGGAAGAGAUGACUGUGAGCUGAUGUUGCAGUCACGUAGUGUGGACAAGCAACACGCUGUAGUUAACUAUGAUGCCUCUACAGAUGAACACUUGGUGAAGGAUUUGGGCAGCCUAAAUGGGACGUUUGUGAAUGAUGUGAGGAUUCCUGAACAGACAUACAUUACUCUGAAGCUUGAAGAUAAAUUGAGAUUUGGCUAUGAUACUAAUCUUUUUACUGUAGUCAGAGGCGAAAUGAGGGUCCCUGAAGAAGCCCUUAAGCAUGAAAAAUUUACAAGUCAACUCCAGUUAUCCCAAAAAUCCUCAGAGGCAGAAGGAUCAAAGCCAGUCAGCUCCACAGGUGCAGAGCCAAAGGUACCAGAUACCACAGGUGAAGUGCAUCACAAAGCUACAGAAGCAUUGAAGUCUGAAGAAAAAUCUAUGGAUCUUUCUGCCAUGCCUCGUGGUACACCUUUGUAUGGACAGCCAUCCUGGUGGGGUGAGGAUGAGGCUGAUGAAAAAAAUGGUUGCAAACAGGAUGUCAAACAUGAAGAAAAAAUACAUGAAGCAGGAGCUUCAGGAUGCAGCACAGAUGCCAAGCAAGUUGAGGAGAAAUCUUCAGCUGCAAAUGAAGAAGAACUUUAUCCUUUCUGUAGGGAGCCAAGUUACUUUGAAAUUCCUACAAAAGAAUUCCAGCAACCUUCACAAAUAGCAGAGAGCACUAUUCAUGAAAUCCCAACAAAAGACACCCAAACCUCACAUGCAACAGGUGCAGGGCAUGCUUCAUUUACCAUUGAAUUUGAUGACACCACUCCAGGAAAAGUAACUAUCAAAGAUCAUGUGACAAAAUUCACUUCAGAUCAGCGCCACAAGCCGAAGAAGUCUUCUCCUGGUGGACAGGACCUUUCUGGGCUUCAAACUGUGAUGAUGGCUGCUGAGAGCAAAGUAGCUGACUGGCUAGCACAGAACAAUCCCCCUAGAAUGAUAUGGGAAGCAACAGAGGAGGAUUCCAAAAGUAUUAAGAGUGAUGUUCCAGUUUACUUGAAGAGGCUGAAAGGGAAUAAACAUGAUGAUGGGACACAGAGUGAUUCAGAAAAUGCUGGUGCACGCAGGCAUUACAAUAAGCGAGCAACACUUGAUGAGCAUUUAAGGCAUCAACAUCUAGAACAGAAAAAGUCAUACCAGAAAGCCCAUACUACAGAAAAGCAUGAAGAGCAGGCUGCUAUAAGUCAGACUGCCUUUAUGAUUGAGUUUUUUGAUGAAGACCAUCCUCGAAAGAGACGAUCUUAUUCCUUUUCUCAGAACGUAGGAGCUCUUUGCUCAGAAACUCCUUCUUCAGCACCUCAUGUGAGAGCUGAGAAAGUGAAAGGUACAUCUGGAGACAUCAAAGGGGUUUCUUUGCCUUUGCAGACUAGUAGGGUAGCACAUGGUGUUCAUGCAAAACUAUUAAAACAAAAAUCAGAAGAACCCUCGGUUGCAUUACCUUUCUUACAAACUGCAUUGUUAAGAAGUUCAGGAAGUCUUGGACAUAGACCAAGCCAAAACCAGGAGAUGGACAAAAAAUUAAAAAGCCAGCUUGUUUCUGCUGCUACUGAAAAGGACAAUGAUGAUGACCAAAGUGACAAAGGUACUUACACUAUUGAGUUGGAAAAUCCCAAUUCUGAGGAAAUGGAAGCACGUAAAAUGAUUGACAAGGUGUUUGGAGUGGAUGACAGCCAGGAUUAUAAUAGGCCUGUUAUCAACGAGAACCAGAAAGAUUUAGUAAAAGAUUGGGCUAUAAAUUCUGCUACAGUAGUGCUGGAAGAAAAAAGACCACUGAGUACAACUGGAUUUCUUGACACAGAGGAAGGCUCUGCUGCAUCUGGAAGUAAACGUUGGGUGUCCCAGUGGGCUAGUUUGGCUGCUAAUCAUACCCGACAUGACCAAGAUGACAUGAGGUUGGAGUCAUCUGCACCUGCUCCUCUAGAAAACGAUACGGACAUCAGUGAAUCUGGUAUUUCAGUUAGAAGUACUAGCUCAGCCACUUCUGUGACUAGCCAAGGCGAGCGAAAGAGGAGAACACUUCCACAGCUUCCAAAAGAGGAAAAAGCUACUGAAAGUUUAAGAGCAAAGGUUACAUCUCAUCAGAGAUCAGAGAUAGGUGAAAAACAAGACACAGAACUUCAAGAGAAAGAAACUCCAACUCAUGCAUCCCAAAAAGAAAUGCCACAAGAUGCAGGUAGUAGAAGCAUGGCUAAGGCAAACAGGACAAUGAAUGGCCUUUCUCCUAAACCUGGUGGAGACAACAAAGUGUCUUCUCACCCCAUUAGCUGCUCUUCUUCCAGUAAAGAGAAAAGUGAAAUUGUCAGGGAAACUUCAGUUGUAAAGCAAGCUUUAGCUAAAAUUCAACAGCAAGAGCAAAAGGAGCAGGCACAUAGGACUUCAACUAAAGUGUCUUCAGCUAAACUUCUUGCCAAUCAAGUUGAGAAAGGUAGAGAGGAAACUCCUACUCCACAUAAAAUGUUGGAUAAUCAUCAAGAAAAAGCCCCAGGACAUUCUACAAGUAAAGCAGAAAUGAAGAUUGUCCAAAGUGAAGGGAAAAGAAAAAAAACUGAGGAAAUUAUAAAAGGCCAAACUCCAAAAGGAUUAGGAGGAGAGAAGAAAGAAUCUUCAAAACCGUUAGUGAGACAAGGCAGCUUUACUAUAGAUAAACCUAGUACAAAUAUACCUAUAGAGCUUAUUCCUCAUAUUAAUAAACAAACUGGAUCUACUCCCCCUUCGUUUGCUUUAACCUCCACAAACAGAAUACGUGAGAGAAGUGAUUCCGUGGACACUGAUUCUAGUCUGGAUACAACACUUAUUUUAAAAGACACAGAAGCAGUAAUGGCGUUCCUUGAAGCUAAAUUACGAGAAGAAAACAAAACAGAUGAAGGACCUGAAACUCCUAGCUAUAACAGAGAUAAUUCCAUAUCACCCGAGUCAGAUGUAGACACUGCUAGCACAAUCAGUCUGGUUACUGGUGACACUGAAAGAAAAACCACUCAAAAGCGAAAAAGCUUUACUACCCUGUAUAAAGAUAGAUGUUCCACUAGUUCUCCUUCCAAGGAUGUUUUAAAAUCUUCUGCAACAAAUGCUAGAGAAAAGAUAGAAAAGAAAACUAAAAGCCGAUCUUCAGAUGCUGGUUCAAGAGCAGAGGGUCGUAAACUUGUGCAACCCAGUGGAAGAAUGAGACAACCUUCAGUAGAUUUAACAGAUGAUGACCAAACAUCUAGUGUACCACAUUCUGCCAUAUCUGAUAUCUUGUCAUCUGACCAAGAAACUUAUUCUGGCAAAUCACAUGGAAGGGGUUAUUUUACCUCUGCAGAUGAACUCUUACAUUCCAAAAUGGAAGGCAGUAAGUCAGCUAAAUCAAAGACCUCUCCUGUUACAACUGGGCAAUCCAGUAAGUCAAUCACUCUUCCAAGACCUCGUCCCACAAGGACUUCUCUCUUGCGCAGAGCACGACUUGGUGAAGCCUCAGAUAGCGAACUUGCUGAUGCAGAUAAAGCUUCAGUGGCUUCUGAAGUGUCCACUACAAGUUCUACAUCAAAGCCUCCCUCAGGAAGGAGAAAUAUCUCCAGAAUUGACUUACUUGCCCAACCACGCAGAACUAGGCUCGGUUCUUUAUCAGCACGUAGUGACUCUGAAGCUACAAUAACUAGAAGCACUGCCUCAUCUCGUACUGCAGAAGCUAUCAUUAGAAGUGGUGGAAGAUUAACACCAUCAGCAGAUAGUAGUAAAGUUUCUGCUAGAACUAGAGCUAAUAGCAUUUCUCGACUUUCUGAUUCUAAAUCCAAAUCAUUGACCUCCGCCCAUAAUUCUCCAUCAGAGAAAUCCCAGCUUCUCCCAGACCCAGAUCCUGCUGUUGAAACUUACAGUGUAAAUUCAAGAUGGAGGCGCUUUCCUACAGAUUAUGCUUCCACCUCAGAAGAUGAGUUUGGAUCAAACCGUAAUUCCCCUAAACAUACCCGUCUACGUACUUCUCCAGCCCUGAAAACCCCUCGAUUGCAGAGCUCUGGGACAGCAAUGCAAACUAGCAAUACGUUCAAACACAGGAUCAAGGAACAGGAGGACUACAUUCGCGAUUGGACUGCUCAUCGAGAAGAAAUAGCAAGGAUCAGUCAAGACCUGGCUCUCAUCGCACGGGAAAUCAACGAUGUAGCAGGAGAGAUAGAUUCAGUGACUUCAUCAGGCACUGCUCCGAGUACCACAGUAAGCACUGCUGCCACCACCCCUGGCUCUGCCAUAGACACUAGAGAAGAGGUAGGAGAUCUUCAUGGAGAAAUGCAUAAGCUGGUUGACCGUGUAUUUGAUGAAAGUCUGAACUUCAGAAAGAUUCCUCCAUUAGUGCAUGCCAAACCACCAGAGGGGAACAGUCGGUCCAAUGAUGCUAAGCCUCAGUUAACAGAUGCUCUUGAUCCUCCAACAAUUACACGGAGGAGAACGUGGAGCAGAGAUGAGGUCAUGGGAGACAGCUUGCUAUUAUCCUCAGUCUUCCAGUUUUCUCGGAAGAUAAGGCAAUCGAUAGACAAAACAGCUGGCAAAAUCAGAAUAUUAUUUAAGGACAAAGACCGGAAUUGGGAAGAAAUUGAAAACAAGUUACGAACUGAAAGCGAAGUUCCUAUUGUAAAAACUUCAAGCAUGGAGAUUUCAUCAAUCUUGCAGGAGCUGAAAAGAGUUGAAAAACAGUUGCAAGUGAUUAAUGCUAUGAUUGACCCUGAUGGUACUUUGGAUGCUCUGAGUAACUUGGGAUUCACAAGCCCUGUCUUACCUGCUCAACCUAAACAUAAGACCAGCCCUGUUUCUCACAGUACCCGCGCUCAGAUACAACCAAACUGUCAACCUGAAGCUAGGGCCCUUCGGCCUGCCGUCAUCUCUGUUUCAACUGCAUUUGACAAUGUUGAAUCCAAGCCUGACUUCAGCAUACAUUUCAACAGGUUCAACCCAGAUGGGGAAGAGGAAGAUCCCAGUGUGCGUGAAUGACAUUAUUAAUUGUUGUCAUAAUUACCUUCAAUAUGGAAUGUCUAGAAAUAAAUGAAGAGUCAUAAUGUUGCUUUUAUACACACAAAAAAUGUUCAAACUGCAGUUAGUUUAAGCCAGUUUCCUUUAACUGUGAUGCUUUGAUUGUCAUUCACAUCCUCUUCAAACCAUACAGAUGAGCAUUGAUACCAAUAUAGAAAAGCAGAUUGUGGCAGGUUUGCCCUUUGUGGUUGUGUGCUUUGCAAACAGAAUUCUAUCAGCAGUCUUUCCAUACAUAGAUUUUUCUUUUUAAGAGCAAUGCUUUUAAAGUGACCUGCAAGCAGACUAACAUUCAAUGUUACUGAAACCCCAAGUCACCUGUGCCAACCUGUUCUAUAAAUGGACCUCUUCAAUUAAAGUUUGUAUAGAAUUAUUGAACAGUUAUGUUUGAUGCUGAAUAAGGGGAUUUAUAUAGGAUACAUUACCUUUGAGUACAAUAACACAUUAUUGUAUAAGAUAAGACAGACUUUGCAAAGCAUUCAUUCUUUCAUACUGAAAUUUUCAAAUAGUUCUGUGAUUUAUAUAACCUUGUUGCUGCGUAAAUUAUCUUGGAGUUUACGAAGUUCAGCUAUUAUGUUUGCACUAAGAAUUUGCUGGGAGUGGUAAGUGAACAUAUCAAUAUCAAUAGGAGUCAGUCUUUCGAUGUACAUAGAAAAUUGAUAAUACUGUACUUGUUUCAACAGAGCAGUGUUUUAAUCCACUUUCUGAAAGGACAAUUUGGCACUUUUUGAUCUUGUUCAAAAUGUCUUUUUGAUGUGAAUGAAAGUAGAAGGAUUUCAUAUCUCAUUUCUCUCCAAAUGUUUGUCGAAACAAUAAAACAAGUUUACACGUACAACUGUGUGGGACAUUUAAAAGCAUAGUGAGGCAAAUGGGUUCUCAUACUAAGUUGCCAAUUCAAAUGCAACAUAAGUUUACAAAAGCGAUGUGUGUUUCUUGGAAUGAUCAUGAGGUGUAAAAUUUUCUUCUGAAGACUUGGAGAUAGUAGUCAUAACUUGGUUGAUCAAUAGUCUCACUCCCAAGCAAAUAAAUUGCUUCUGUCUGUCUCUCUGUCUUAUACGUUUAAAAGGACUCUGAAAGAAGACUGCUAAUAUAGAUUUCUUGCUUAUACCACUGAAAAGCAAGUGUAUUUAAAAUAUCCUACAUAAACCUAUUUUCUAUAUAAGUUGUCCCAGUAACGUAACAUUUGGAAAUAAUAAAAAUAAAAGUAAAUGACCUUGUAUUUCCAGAACACUAAUUUGGAGGAAUCUUAUUUCUGUUAAAUGUAACUAAUAGACUGGAAUUUCCCUGCUUUUGCGUCAGUCUCUUUAUAUUAAUGUUACACAUACAGUUUUGCAGCUUUUAUGAAAUGGUCUUUAGUAGUUCAGCAAUAAUCCUAUAUGACAUAUGUUUAAAAUACUUUCUGUACAUUUUUAAAUUGUACAGGAUUUCAGAAGUCACUAAAAAGUUAGACCAGUUAAUAAAAAUGCAAAAACAUUUUUGUAGCGAUGUAAGAAAAACCAAUAAUUUGUGGUAUAAUGGAUUUCAUAUUUGUUUAAAGUUUAAAAGAAAACAGAAUAUCCUUCUUGUACAACUCAAUAUUCUACUCCAUUAGUUUACAGAGGCGAUAGAAAAUGUUUAAAAUGGUGCAGAAGGGCAAAAAUAAAUUGAAAAUAGGGUCAGGUGUUGAAAAAUUAGUGCACCAAAACCACCAUCACAAUUCUUUCUUUUGUUUAAUCCUUGGGAACAGAAUUUUUCCCUAGACACAUGAAAAAUAGGAAACGGUUUAGAAAAAAUUAAAAAUGUAUGCUCUCCGCACAAGAUUUUGUUUGUGUUCAUUCAGGCAUUUACUCCCUUUUGUUCUGUAAGAAGCAUUUUGCAUUUACUAUGUUAUUUUGUAUGGACAUAUUCUCCUUAUUUAUUUUUGUUACAAUUAUUAUGUAUGUUAUUUUGUUAUAUGCAUUUACAACUCCAUUUUUAAAUAAAGUGUUUCUGGA